AUGGAAGCUUUGUGUUUAAGAGUUUCCUUGCUGCUGCUGGUUCCAGGAUUUGCCCUCAGUGGCAGCUCUGACAGAUAUGCUGCCAACCAGAGUGACUUGGGAAACUACCUUUCCACUUUCUCAGGGAUCGAAUCCAGCAUACUCCUCACCACCAGGCAGCCCCCGGUGCCCAACCAAACUGUCAAAUGCUCCCAGCAGACUAAGAUCGCUGAAACUUUUAAAUACAUUAACACGGUGGUAUCUUGUGCUAUUUUCAUCGUCGGAAUGGUUGGGAAUGCAACUCUGCUGAGGAUCAUUUACCAGAACAAGUGUAUGAGGAAUGGGCCGAAUGCAUUGAUAGCCAGUCUGGCACUGGGAGACCUUAUCUAUAUUGUCAUUGAUAUUCCUAUCAUUGUGUACAAGCUCCUUGCUCAGAAGUGGCCUUUUGGAGAUUCUGAAUUUGGACAGUUUCUUUGCAAAUUCCUUCCCUUUAUACAGAAGGCAUCAGUGGGAAUCACAGUCCUUAAUCUCUGUGCCCUUAGUGUGGACAGGUAUAGAGCAGUUGCCUCCUGGAGCCGCGUUCAGGGAAUUGGAAUCCCGAUGAUCACUGCUAUUGAAAUUUUCUCCAUUUGGCUUUUGUCCUUCAUACUGGCUAUUCCAGAAGCAAUUGGUUUUACUGUGGUACCUUUCAGAUACAAGGAUGAAGGUUAUGUUACCUGCAUGCUCAAUCCUACAAAUAAUUUUACGUUGUUUUACAAAGAUGCAAAGGAUUGGUGGCUGUUUGGUUUCUAUUUCUGCAUGCCACUGGCGUGUACUGCCAUCUUUUAUACGCUAAUGACUUGCGAAAUGUUAAACAGAAGAAACAGCAACUUGAGAAUUGCUCUCAGUGAACACCUUAAGCAGCGUCGAGAAGUUGCAAAGACAGUUUUCUGUUUGGUAGUGAUUUUUGCUCUUUGCUGGUUCCCUCUCCAUUUGAGCCGAAUUUUGAAGAAAAUGGUAUACAAUGAAAGAGACCCCGGCAGAUGUGAACUGCUCAGUUUCUUGCUGCCAUUGGAUUAUAUCAGCAUCAACCUGGCAACCAUGAACUCUUGUAUAAACCCAAUAGCUCUGUAUUUUGUGAGCAAGAAGUUUAAAAACUGUUUCCAGUCAUGUCUUUGCUGUUGCUGCUCCCAAUCUAAGAGUCUAGUGACUUCGGUGCCCAUGAAUGGAACAAGCAUCCAGUGGAAGAAUCAAGAACUAAACAAUCACAAUACAGAUCGAAGCAGCCAUAAAGACAGCAUAAACUGA